GUCUUAUGCCAAAAAAGCUCCUCUUGCCCCCUGCCCUGUACCCCGGCUUCUCCCACAUAAGUGACCACUACCCUUUAUACUGGAUUUGUUGUCCAUAACCUGUUCGAUAAAAUGUCAACCUUCUUUCCUUUGGUACUGAUAUUAAUUUACUCAAUAAUAUAUAAACUAAUAGAAUUAUUGUAAUUAAGAUGCUUUAUCCUCUUUCAUAUCUGUGAGCGCAUUUGAUGUGUUUCUGUUGCUUUGACAUAUGCUUGUUUAUUGCUGAUCUCUUUCUUCAGUCUGUAAUUAAGAAGAAGUAUGGCCAAGAUGCAACAAAUGUUGGUGAUGAGGGUGACAUUGCUCUAAUAUCCAGGAGAACAAGGAAGGUCUUGAAUUGCUUAAAACAGCUAUUGCUAAAGCUGGUUACACUGGUAAAAUGUCAAAGGCGGAUGUUUGUAUGGAAGCAGGCUGCAUCCAAGCUUAGGGGUGUACAAGUUUUUACUUACACAGAGCUUGAGAUUGCAACAAACAAAUUUAGUGCAGCAAAUGUGAUAGGAAAUGGAGGGUAUGGGGUAGUGUAUAGAGGGAUUUUGAGUGAUGGCACUGUGGCUGCAAUUAAGAUGUUGCACAGAGAAGGGAAACAAUGAGGAACGUGCCUUUCGGUUAGAGGUUGUGAUUGGGAUGGAUGUGGCUGCUUCUGAGUUUUAUGGUAAAGACAAGACUUAUGAUCUAAACUUCAAAGAAGAGAAUAAUGAUGGCUCACAAAAGAUAUCAGGUUAUGACUGAAGGCUCUCAUUUCAUUGGAAAGUUUGGAAGCUACUGCAAGUUCUUUCUACUUGCUAGGGAUGAGAAUAUUUUAGUUUGUGCACAAGAGAAUCUUUUAAGUUUGUGCACAUGAGAAUCUUUCAAGUUUGUAUUUGUUAGGGAUUUGUUAUGUUAGUACUUGUUACUGACUUUUAGUUCAACAAAUUAUAUUUGAGUAUUGACUUUU